AUUAAAGACCAGUGCCUUUGAAGGCUAAUCCGCACAAAAAAAUGGUUAUUGGGUUUUAAGACCUUAUUGGUAUCAUAUUUGGCCCAAACAUUAAAGACCACGUUCAUUUCAGCUUGGCCAUUGCACUUCUCCAUCACAGCUUGUUUGGAAACUUUGCUGUUGAGUGGAAAGCUUGGUUAAUUAUCUAAGGACUAUCUAUGGAGGGGGAAGAGGAUCCGGUGAAGAAAGAGAGAGUGGUAGAGGCGAGAGCGAGAAAUAUCAGCCACAAUGUCAGGUGUACAGAGUGUGGCAGUCAAUCCAUUGAAGAUUCUCAAGCUGACAUUGCCAUACUCCUCAGGAAGCUAAUUCGAGAUGAAAUUAAAGCUGGGAAGUCUGAUAAGGAGAUCUACACGAAGCUUGAGGAUGAUUUUGGUGAAACAGUACUUUAUGCCCCAAAAUUUGAUAUGCAAACGGCUGCUUUAUGGCUCUCUCCGCUACUAGUUGCUGGUGCUGCUGGAGGUUUGUGGGCUUACAAAAAGCACAGACAGAGGACCAAUGUGCACAUUAUGGCUUUGAAUCUCGUUCGAGGAAUCCCAUUAACACCCAAGGAGAAAGAAGCCAUGCUCAAUGUCCUCACGCCACCUCCCGGAGGAACGUCUUCCUUGAGUUGGUGGAGAAGGUGGCUUCAGCAAUGAAAACUUCUUUAACCUGUCAUCACUUUCCUUGUAUUCUAUUUUAUCGGCUAGAAUAUCUUAAGUUGUCAGCUAGUCAAGAAGCCAUCCUAUCCUCGUCAUUUUGCAUUGGCGUGUUUUGAAUUAGUCAUCCGUCAUCGUGAUUAUACAAUUUUUUUAUACCCUGAUACAAGUGAUCACAUCUUAUUGUACAAAAAGUACAAUUUGGUUAUGAGUUGACUUCAUCGUAAUAAUGAUGCUCACAUGAUUUUGUGAUAA